GAAACACGUCGCAAUUUAGAUGAAGAGUAUCGGAAGAUGAUUUGCUGCCGCACCUGCUGAGGGAUUGCCAGCGUUUCGCAGAAGCACCAUAGUCACGGUGCUGUCACUACAUCCUGUCGGGGCUACCGCAACUCUUCCCCGCUGACUGGGGUGAAAUUUUAUGGACAUGGCUUUGCAUACCUGAAAUUUUUUCCUAUUUGGGAAAUCUGGGCAAAGAUAACCAGAGCUGAAGUCUGUUGUGAAUGAAAAGCUCCACAGGUCGAUUGAGUGCUCAAGAUGUGGACAGAAUGGCUGGGGAAAGGGAGAAAUUUAACUGUUUAUCAUGGCAGAAUGGGCAGGGAAACAUGACAGCAAAAACACUGUUUUCAUGCAAAAUUGCAACAGCAUUUCUGUCCUUAAUUAUUGCAAAGAAAUGUGAAGCCUAUGAUGUGAUGUUGAAGCAGACUCUUGUGCCUAAUGGGCAGCCUCUUGCUAUUAAAUGUUCACUGGAAAAGAGCUUGAAAAGUGGAGACUACAACUUAACAUGGUAUAAAGUUGGUAACAAGAGAGCUGUGCCUAGAGACAAACUGUGUAGAGUUCAUCAGCAGAAGAAUCUGAUUUUGUUUCUUCCUGCCAUGUUAGAAGAUUCUGGAGAUUAUGAAUGUGUCAUAAGGGAUUUGACAAGCUGCAAAAAAAUGUGUACAAAAGUAACAGUUUUUGAGAGGAUUGAUGGUUUAUGCUUAAAUGAAAAAUUUGCUGUAGAGGAGGUGAUAUUCACAUCAUCUUCUGCAAAGGUUGUUUGUCCCCACUUGGAUUAUUUCAGGAAAGACAAGAAUAUUCAUCCUGUUCAUUGGUAUAAGGACUGCCAGCUGCUGGAAGGAAAAAGGUUUGCCCUUUCAAACAGUGACCUUAUAAUUUUUAAUGUAACUGUACAUGAUGGAGGAAACUAUACGUGUGAAACAACAUAUACCUACAAUGGGAAACAAUAUAACAUUUCACGAGACAUCAGUCUGGUUGUAGAAGUGACCCCACCAAAAAAGCCUCCAGAAAUAACUUACCCAAGAAACAACUCUAUUGAAGUGGAACUUGGCUCACAGGUUACUCUGGAUUGCAACACCACAGGUGCUGAUGAGUAUGAGGUGUACUGGACAGGACAUGGUGUGUAUUUUGAUGUAUUUCACAUGGGCAGAAUUUUUGCAAGUUCCUAUGAGGGAGAAACUUCUUAUGACGGGCGCCCUAUGCAUUCUGUGAAGCUAAUAAUUUCAGAAGUAAGCAGUGAAGACUAUGAACAGCCUUUUGUCUGUCAAGCUUCAAAUGCCUUUGGGCAAGUUGCAUCCUAUAUUAUAUUAAAACACAGAGUUCCUGACAUACGACGAUGGCUGACUGGAGGGCUUGUCUCUUUGUUAAUUUUAACAUUUAUUACUUUAAUAAUCUACAAGAUUUUCAAGAUUGAUUUGGUACUUUGGUACCGUACUUCUGCCUGUGCCCUUACAAGUAAGGAAGAUGGGAAAAUCUACGAUGCAUAUGUCCUGUACACAAAAAGCAGUGAAGACAGAAGUAUAUGUUGUCUGGAAACCUUUGUUCGUAGAAUACUCCCAGAUGUUUUAGAAAAACAAUGUGGAUAUAAUCUUUUCAUAUUAGGAAGGGAUGAUUUACCAGGAGAAGCUGUGGUCAGUGUUGCUGAUGAAACUCUUAAGCAAAGCAGAAGACUGAUGAUUAUUUUGGGAUCAGAAGCAUCUAGGUGCUGCCUCUUGGAAGACACCUCUGAGCAACAGCUAGCUAUGUAUAAUGCUCUCAUCCGUGAUGGGAUCCAAGUGAUUCUUAUAGAAAUGGGUGAAAUACAGGACUACACCAGCAUGCCAGAAUCAAUCAGAUACAUUAAGCAAAAACAUGGAGCCAUUCAAUGGAAAGGGGACUUCUCAGAGAAAUCUUGUUCAGCAAACACAAGAUUCUGGAAAAAUGUGCGUUAUCAAAUGCCACCCAGGAAAAAGGGAUCUUAUUCUGAAGUGUAUUCCUUGACCCUAAUGUCAAACAGUUCUGCAGCAAAGGAAAGUUAAGCACUUAUUUAAAUAAUACUAAGAAAGUAAUUCUGAAUUGGGAUGUUUCUCACCUAUUCUUUAUACUACAAAGUAAAUGUUUUCUUUGAGGAGUAGAAACUUCUCAUCUCUUCCGUAAAUUACACCUGAAAAGAAAAAACUUUGUGCAACUUUUAUUUCUGUUACUUCUGAGUUUUGGAUAGUGCCACAAUUUUUUGUGUUAGUCUCCAUCAAAUAUUUUAAGUAAAGAGAGUGAUCAUGAUAGGCUAUUAAGAAGCUGUGGUCCACAUAAAUGUUGUAUGAAAAAACAACUGUGAAGUCCAUUGUUUAAAAAUCAAAACUGCAGUUGAUAAAAUUAAAAGUCUAUUUCUAUCA